AAUCAAUAAAUGAAUGAAUGAAUGAUGAUGAUUAAAGUAUCAAUAAUCAAUGAGAAUACUAUUACAAGACAUGAAAUUGAAAAUGAAUAAAUAUACCAUUCGAUCAUUCAUGUGUCACAAUUGAAAUACCAAUUUUUUUUUCAUUAUCAUGUGGUCAAAAUGAAAAAAAAACAGACAAUAAUCAUGUAUCGAUUUAAAUUAUUCAUCAAUCAUUUAACAUAUAAAUGAUCAACAGUAUAUCCACAAUUAUCUGAUAAAAGAAAACUACAAAACAAAACAAAACUAUACCAUGUCAUCAUCAUCAUCAUCAUGAUCAACAAUUAUUUGUCCCAAAUAAUGAUUGUAAUAUUAUCGUCGAUAAAAAUGGCAUUAAUCAAUUACAACGAUUGAUCUCAUCAUCGUCAACUACAUCAUUACCAUAACCAUUGAAUCAUAAUCGUUCAUUACUCUUAACAAUAAACAAUAAUAAUCAAACAUUCCUUGAUAAUAUUGGUAAUGAACAAUCAACAAACAACAACAAUAACGAAUGCAGCUAUCAAUGAAAACGAUGAUUUUGUCGAUGUUUCAUUUUCGAAUCUUUGUCUGGAAAAUAAUUUUGAUAAUAAUGGUAAUGUGGUGGUUGAUUGUGUUAACAACAAUGAACAUGCCAUUUCUAUACAGAAUUUCAUCUCGAUCAACAAUACAAACCAUAACGACAUGAUGGCAUCUAAAACAUCAUCAUUAAUCACAACAACAGCUCAACAACAACAAACCUCGAAUUCUACGGUAUCUCAACAACAACAGCAACAACAGCAACUUCAACAACCUCAUAAUCAUCAACACCAUCAUAAUAAUAAUGAUCAACUUCAACAGCAACUUGAAUUGGAACAAUUACAAAUUCAUCUUGAACAUUUACAACAUCAACAAUCAUCACAACAGCAAGAUCAUAAUAACAAUCUGAAUCAUUUACAAACAAAUUUACCAUUUAUUAAUCAAUUCUUUUCAACCAUUGGAAGUAUUAAUAAUACCGGACAGCUUAUUAAUACCGGAUGUAUUUCCAGUGGUGAUGGUACAUCGGAUGGACAUAUUGUAAACGAUAUGGUUAAAAUUGAAGACGAUUAUUUCCAUCAACAACAACAACAACAGUCUUUACAAUUACAGCAUAAUUCUUUAAAUUCUUUAUCGAAUCAUCAUCAUCAUCAUCAUCAACGCCACCAUCACCAUCAACGCCAACAACAACAUUCAAAUCAUCCUCUUUCUCAACGGCAACAUCCAAUAUCCGAUAUUGCUAUCGAUUCUUCACCGAAUUCUUCAUUAUCACCAUCAUCAUCAUCGUCGUCAUCGUCUUCAUCAUCUUCAUCUAUUGUUAAUAUUCAGCAACAACAAAAUCAACAAAAAUCUAAUCAUUUAAAUCUGAUUUUGGUUCGAAAUUCGAAUAAAUCACCAGGAAAUUGCCAACAAUCAACAAUACCAUCAUCGCCAGCCAUGUUAAUGAAUCAUUUGGAUUUAUCUUCAAUUCGUUCAUCGCCAUCAUCAUCAUCACCUUCAUCGGUUACUGCAGCAUCGGCAUCGACUCCGAAUGAAAUUGUUGUUACAACAAAUUCAACCACCACGGCAGUUUUAUCAUCAACGGUCGCAACACCGACUACUACUACUUCUACAGCUCAUUUCCAUCAUCAUCAUAAUAAUAAUAUUUCAUCACUUCCUUCUCUUCAAAAUCUUGCCACAACAACAUUAGUAAAUGAUAAUUCAAAUUUGACCACAACUCAUCGUACUUCUCAUCAACCAAUUCGUACUUUUGACCCAAACAAAAUAUAUUAUGGCAGCGAAAACAGCAUUACUACCAAUGAUGAUUCUUCCUGUCAAUCAUUAUCAAAUGUACCUGAUUCUUCAUCAAUUGUUCAGAAUACUAAAUCAUUGGCUUUACAAUCGAAUGCAAUUCUAAUGACCGGUAGCUCAAACGUUACUAGUGGUGGUGGUGGUGGUGUCGAAUCAUCGAUUUCAAAUGAAUCCACUUCAUUAACUAAUGUUGUUGCAUUGAAUGCAGAGGAAAAACUUGUUAAAAGGAUACGAUUUAAAGGUUCAUUAGUCAAUAAUGAACAACAACAACAAGAACAGGAAGAUGGUCAAAAACUUUUAGAUGAUAAUAAUCAACGUAUUGAUCAACAAAACCAAAGCCAUUCAUUAUCGACAGAUCAAGGAGAUCCUUUAGAGCAAAAUCCCUUUGCUUAUCGUCCAGAUACGGAAAAUAUCUAUAGCUCUAGAAAUAGUGUAGCCAAUUGUUAUGGCUAUGCAUGGCGUCGUUGGUCUAAAACUGAUGCACCAAGUGUUAAGAAUCAAGCUGCUGGAACUGUACAAGUACCACAUACAAUGCCACGAAUAGAUGAUGAAGAUGAUAGAAAAUUUCAAUACAUUCUUGGAGCACCAACAUCAGCUGGAACUCGCGUUGGAUUAAUGACAAUGACCUAUUUGAAUCAGGGCCAAUCCUAUGAAAUACGAUUGAAGAAAUUGAAAAAAGUACCUAUUGAACCUAAUCUGAAAACAUUGGUUCGUUUAGGAUUUGUUGAGAAGCGGCUUCAAUAUAGAGAAAAUGAAGAACUAAAUGGUUGGGUGCAAGCUCACAACAAUGGUCGUAUGAUCGAUAUUGAUUUUUCCAUGUCUUAUGGUGUUUUCGAUGUUGAUCUUCGUUCACAAUUUAAUCAUUCAAUGACUUUUGUUUGGAAUCCUGGCCGUGAAGCUUCAAUUUUCGUUAAAAUCAAUUGUAUUAGUACGGAAUUUACAUCAAAAAGACAUGGUGGUGAACGUGGUACACCAUUUCGUCUUAUUGUUGACACAUAUUCAUUGGAUGGAAAUAAAGUCGAUUCAGCUUGUUGUCUGAUUAAAGUUUUCAAAUCCAAAGGAGCAGAACGUAAACACAAAACCGAUCGUGAUCGUGUAGCUAAACAUCCGGAUUCAGAAAAUUAUUAUCAACCUUCAUAUGAUUGUACAUUAUUGACAACAUUUAAAGAAGAAGAAAUGAUUGCCACUAUUCAACAACAACAACAACAGCAUCAACUACAACAUUCUGAAUUAUCACAACAUCACCAUCAUCAACAAGAAUUCGAUCAACAAGAAUCAAUUUCAGCAUUAACAAAUCGUUCAAUGACUGAAUCACCAACAUGUUCAGAAUUAAGUAUGGUCACAUCGGCAACAUCUAUGCCAAACACUCCGAUUAGUCCACACAAUUUGGUCACUCAUCAUCAUCAUCAUUCAUCAAAUCAUCACCAUCAAUCUGCAUUGAUUUUGGAUCAUUCAUCAUCACAAUCAAUGUCACAAUUUUCAUCCAUUUCUGGUAAUAAUCUACAUCAAUCUAAUUCUCCACCUAUAUCAUCAUCACCUUCAAAUAUGUCCACAAAACUUGAUACAUAUGGUCAUUCCCAUUCUCAUCCUCAUCAUCAUUUAAUGCCAACAUCAAAAUCAACCGAUCAGUUGAACCCGAUGGCUACUGCACCAUCAUUGGCUAUGGUAGCCAGCUGUCAACAAGGUGGUCCAGGUGAAUUUUCAAUGUCUACUGCAACAUUAACGAUCUCAUCUCCAAUGAUGGCCGGUCAAAAUUCACAGUCUCAAUCUUCAAACAACACAAAGUUUGUUGACAAAUUUGAUGAACCAGGAAUUGUUCGAACAUCGUCGUUAUCAUUAUCGAUUCGGUCACUAUCGCCAUCUAUUACAUCUAUGAUGAAAAAUUUUGGCUCAUCAUCAUCGUUGACGCCAUCAUCUUCGAAUCAGCUACCGCUUGAUGCCGGUGCUAUCGAAACAUAUGAAUGGCUCAAACGUAAUCGAUUCUUUCGUUUAGCUGAACAGCUUUGUGAUUAUACUGCUGAAGAUCUUCGCCGUUUAUCACGUGAUGAUCUCAUACAACUUUGGGAUUUUAAGGAUGGUAUUCGUUUAUAUAAUUUGAUUCAUAUGCCAGAAAUUUCGGCUACUAAAUUGACGUUAUUCAUUACGUUUGACAAUAAUGAACAUUAUGCAUUAUAUUUUAAACAUUUAACAAUGGAAGAAUUUCGCGAUAAACUUAUCGAAUGUAUGUAUAAUAACAAUAUUCCUCAGAGUUGUAAUACGGAUUCAACACAACAACAAUCUGAACAACAACAUUCAAUUGAUUCAUUGAUAUCGACACGAUUAAGAAAUAUUCACAUGACAGGACCGAAUGGUAUACGUGUUAAACUUACAAAUGAAGUGUUGCAAAACAUGAAAAAUGAAUCCAUUUAUCGUUGCUUAUUGACGAAAGUCGAUAAUAAUGAAUAUGAUGUAGUGAUUGGAUUGAUACAGAAUCAGAAUCAGAACCAGAGCCAAAACAAUCAACAUUGAAUCUCAUUCUUUUUUUUGUAAUUGAUCAUGUCUAUCUCUAAAAAUCCAUUUAUCAAUUUCUCAAUCAUUUAUCAAAUGAGCUUUCCACGGAAACAACUUAUAUACAACAUAUAUACGUUAAUUCAUCAUCAUUCAUUCGCCAUACACGACAAUUUAUAUAUUGAUGUUUAGAGCUCUAAAAUGUUUCAUUUAUAUAUAAAUUCUAUAUAAUAUUUAGGAUUUUAACAAAUUGUUUAUUUUUUAUCCAAUUGAAUCCUCAGAUCAUCUAUUAUUUUUAUUAUUAUUUUCCAAUUUUCAAUGCCAUUUUUUUCAUUGUUAAAUGUGUAACAACACCCAUCACACAGAAUUUUGUUUGUUUGUUUGUUUGUUUCGGUGAAAACAAAUUCUUGUUGUUCCUUUUUUCCCCCCAUUUGCUACAACCAAUCUUUCUUUCCCGUCCAUUCAUGAAUGACUAUUAUUAUUUUACACCGGCAACAAAACAACAAAUUAGGCGUUAUUUUUAAUCAAUUUUAAUUCUUUUUU